AUGGCGUUCGCGGUGGGCCGGAGACGCGCGCUCGACGUCGUCUCCAGCGCGUUCGCGUCGUCCGCGAGGGGCCUCGCCGCGACGCGCGUCGCGCGACGCGCCGCGGCGACGACCGCGGCGGGGCGCGGCGACGCCGGCGGCGAUCCGGACGCGCUCUGCGCGCAGAUCGUCUCCUACGCGCGCUCCGAGCUCCGGCGCGGGCGACGCGACGUCGCGCGCGGCGUCCUCGAGCACGGCGCGUCGCUCGUCGCGAAAGCCGCGGGCGGGGACGCGCCCGCGGGCGCGAUCGCGGCCGCGGAGUCGAGGGCGCACCUGGCGUGGGCGGCCGUGCAGUCGGUGCGCGCGCGGUCGUCGUCGUGGCUCCGUCGCGUCGUCCGAUGCGAUGCCGCGCGAGAAGAAUCUAACAACACGUUCUACGCGAUCGGCCCGGGGGGCGCCGAAGACCUCCUCCCCGCGCGAGCGAACCUCGACGCGCACCUCGACGCCGUCGACGCCGCCGCCGCGGAGGCGAUCGCGGAGGCGCUCGGGCACGUCGAGGACGGCGAGCGAACGCGCGCGUCGAUGUCCCUCGCCGCGCGCGGGGUUCGCGCGCUGACGGCGUUGGCGACUGGCGACGCCGCCGCCGCGUCGAGAGCGGUCGACGACGCGACGGCGCUGCUGCUCGACGACGACGACGACGCCUCGCGCCUCGACGCGGCGCGCGCGUUCGACGCGCCGCACGGCGCGGUCGUCGCGAUGGCGCUCAAGACGCUCGCGCACUGGUCCGCGCUGACGGGGGAGGGGGACGGCAAAUCGCGCGGCGCGAUCGCGCGGUAUCGCCGCGCCGCCGCCGCGGCGGAGGAGGCUGCGGACGCGCCGUCGAACGACGCGUGCGUCUCCGCGAUGUUCGCCGACGCGCUGCUCGCGGACGUGCAGCUCGCGCGCGCGCAGCAUCUCGUGCGCGUCGCCGCGUCCGGCGGCGACCUGGAGGACGAGGAGGAGGAGGAGGAGGGAGAGGAGCGACCCCGAGAUGAAGACGCGGCGCUCGCGGCGGCGGAGGCGGCGGCGGCGGCGGCGGUGACCUCCGCGGAAGCCCUCGGCGAUCCCGCGCACCCGCGCGUCGGCCUCGCGAUCGCGUGCAGCGGCGACGUGUACGUGUGCAAGGCCACGGCGGCGGCGAGGCGAGGCGGCGGAGCGGGCGGCGGCGCGACGGGCGACGGCGCCGGCGUCUUAUUCGCCGAGGGGCUCUACCGUGGCGCCUUGAAACUGCUCGGCACGCCGCGGCCGCCGACGGCGCUCGCGCACGACCCGGACGCCGCGUCCGGCGGCGCCGCGAGCGCGCACCUGCGCCUCGUCGCGUCGCUCGUGCACGCGAGGUACUCCGUCAUCUUGCGCGCGAGCGGCGCGAACAGGCGCGUUCUAUCUCACACUGGUCCCCGUACGACCGCGUCGGCGCGGUGGACGCCCAUCCUUAAGGACUUUUGCCGGCGUCUCUCUCCGCCCACUACCCCUCGGUUUCAAUCCAGGCACACCUCGACGCCUUUCAACUCCACCUGA